UUACGGCCGUGACGCAAAAUUACUGUAAACUUAAAGCCACAGUCUGGGCCGGCGUUGUUAUUGUUCGGUUUGAAGGGCUUAGGGGGGAGGGUAAUGCUUUAGUUUUAUUUUGAGGGCUGCACACUACCAUUAUCAGGGUAAAUACAAGCACCCCAAUGCUUGUCCGGAGGUAUAUAUUAAUCGUAUAGCGUCAGAAUUUGUCUAAGUGGUGGUAAGCUAACAAGUUAGGUGCCAAAGUAGCCGAUGGAUGCGCGGGUAUCGGAGUUUUUUGGGUCAGGAAAUGGACACAGUUCUGGCUCUCAAGGUGGUGUGUCCAGCGGCAAGUCUGGAAAUGGCUAUGGGGUAGCUCCCAAAAAAGCUUCUGCAAAGAGCAAGAAAGCCAAAGCUCGGUUAUCUCGUAACUUCAAACCAAGCAAUAACACCCCGUAUCUACCUCCAGAGGCUGAAGAGGGAAAUAUAGAGUACAAGCUGAAGCUGGUGAAUCCCACACAAUAUCGCUUUGAGCACCUGGCGACACAAAUGAAAUGGCGACUGCAGGAGGGCCGAGGUGAAGCCGUCUAUCAAAUAGGUGUCGAGGACAAUGGCAUGCUGGUGGGCCUAUCAGAGGAGGAAAUGAGGGCAUCACUAAAAACGCUCCAUCGGCUUGCAGAGAAAAUUGGAGCUGAUAUCACAAUUUUAAGAGAGCGGGAGGUAGAUUAUGACUCUGAUGUGCCUCGUAAGAUUGCUGAAGUUCUCAUUCGGAAAGUGCCAGAUGACCAGCAGUUCUUAGACUUGAGAGUAGCUGUACUGGGCAAUGUGGACUCCGGCAAAUCCACUCUUUUGGGUGUUUUGACACAAGGUGAGCUGGACAAUGGACGGGGAAGAGCAAGGCUCAACCUUUUCAGACAUCUACAUGAGAUUCAAACUGGACGCACUUCAAGCAUUAGCUUUGAGAUUCUUGGCUUUAACAGUAAAGGAGAGGUUGUGAAUUACAGUGAGUCCCGGACAGCAGAGGAGAUUUGUGAGAGUGCCUCUAAAAUGAUUACAUUUAUUGAUCUGGCGGGUCACCACAAGUACCUGAAAACCACCAUCUUUGGCCUCACCAGCUACUGUCCAGAUUUUGCCAUGCUGGUCGUCAGUGCAAAUACUGGAAUUGCUGGUACAACACGGGAGCAUCUUGGCCUUGCCAUGGCACUGAAGGUUCCCAUCUUUAUUGUGAUCAGUAAAGUGGAUCUCUGUACACGGGCCACUGUUGAUCGCACAGUACGGCAGUUGGAGCGUGUCUUGAAGCAGCCGGGCUGCAACAAGGUGCCCAUGGUUGUAAGCAGUACAGAUGAUGCUGUCACAGCAGCACAGCAGUUUGCCCAGUCACCAAGCAUCACGCCGAUCUUCACCUUGUCCAGUGUGUCUGGAGAGAGUCUAGAUUUGCUCAAGGUUUUCUUCAACAUCAUCCCUCCUCUGAGCAACAGUAAAGAGCAGGAGGAACUAAUGCAGCAGCUAACAGAGUUUCAGGUGGAUGAGAUCUACACAGUGCCAGAUGUGGGGACAGUGGUUGGAGGUACUCUAUACAGUGGUAUUUGCCGUGAGGGGGAUCAUCUUGUAGUAGGGCCCACAGACUCGGGUCAGUUCCACAAGUUGACCGUAGGCAGCAUCCAAAGAAACCGCUCAGCAUGCAGGGUACUGAGGGCCGGCCAGGCUGCUACACUUGCUCUUGGCAACUUUGACCGGUCGCUAUUACGCAAGGGCAUGGUGAUGGUGAGCCCCGAGAUGGAUCCUACCAUCUGCUGGAUGUUUGAGGCUGAGAUUGUGCUGCUUUUCCAUGCCAAGACCUUCCAUAAGGGCUUCCAGGUUACUGUGCACAUUGGCAAUGUGAGACAGACUGCAAUUGUGGAUGCAGUGUAUGGCAAGGAGGAGCUGAGGACAGGGGAGAAAGCGGUAGUUCUCUUCAAGUUCAUCAAGCAUCCAGAAUAUCUGAAGGUGGGAGCCAAGGUUCUCUUCAGAGAGGGGGUUACCAAAGGUAUUGGGCAUGUCACCAAGUUGCAGCCCAUCUCCCAGUACCAGACAUUCUAAAGGCAGGAUGAGGAAGCCUAAUGUUUUUCAGGCAAAUACAGAAGGAAACACCGUCCCACCUCAAAACAGGGUGCUUUAUAAACCACCUCCUGCUUUCUCCAAAGGCUAUGCUGUCUGGUUCUCUUCACAGUAUAAAUCCUUUUGCACAAUUCUGUUGUAUCACCACUUUCCAAAGCCUUGCUGCCAUCUUACUUGUUUGUUCUUUUCAGCCUUUUCAGUUCCUGCUGAUAUUUUAAUCUGCUUUGUGUUUUCUUGGCACUGAUGAGAAACCUUUCAACCAUAUCUAUGACACAUUCACCAAGCAACAGCUACCAAAGCGAUAUUGAGUGAGAGAGAACAUCUAGUUGCAAUGCACUGCUUGGUAGCAACUAGAAGAUUGCAUUGUGGCAUGCACAAUAAGGUGCUGCUUACACAGUUUACACCUAAAUGCACUCCUAACACACACUUUAACAAUAUGCUCACAUGCACAUUUGCACUGAAGUCUAAAUACCAGUGAUAUACCCGUGGCAGAUAACUGUUUACAAACUCAACAGUUGCAGGUAUGAGAUGAUUUCACACCAGUGUAACACAGGGUGCAAGUGUCACCACCUCACAGCACCUUGUCUGUGCAAAGUGCCUGACUGACUUUUGAUGCUCUUAAAUCAUAUCCUCUUCUUAGUAACUGCUGUGGGAUUAUGUGAGAUACAACCAAAAGCAGUGGAGAUGCAUUUGUAGGCUUCAGGCAGAACAUGUUAGUCCUACAGAAGCUAAAUUAUCUUGCUUCAGGCUUUGUUGUUUCAUCACCUUUAUGAAGGUCAUUAAGAGCAUUGAGUGAUAUGACAAGUUAGAACUUGACCCAGUUUGUAUGCCAGUCCGCCAGGAAAACUCACAUUGGCAAUCAUCUUUUAACUAUCACAUUUGUCCGUAAAAGCUGUUUUUUAUUCACAAAUAAUGCCUCACGAUAGCGCAGUAAGAUAAUGAUCUUGCGGUCUAUCUAUCAAGUGCUUUAGUUACUCAGGUCAAUGUAGAUAUUGUAUUAGACAGCAUUCCACUUUCACAGAACUACUCCAGCAGGACGUUCUGUUGCUAAUUUGGGUCGUAGGGAGACUUGAUUAAAAACAGAUACUUCAAAGUGUAUGAUUAUGCAUUAGUAUGUGGAGCUGCAUAGUGAUGCAGCUUUAUUUAAAAGCAAUUAUAUUAAAGGUAUUUGAUGUCAUCUCUUCACUUAAGUUACUGAUGUCACAAACUUGAAGGGGUUUAACACAGUGCCUAAUGGAACUACUAUUCGAGAACACUUCCAUUACAGCCCAAAGUUUUAUAACUUAGUAAAAAAUAAUAAAAAAUAAAGUUGGUGCUAUUAAGGGAAAUAAUUUUUGAUAUUUAGAGGAAAACUUUAAAAAUGAAUGUUUAUUACUGCUCUGUUCACGGCUGCUGUUGGCCUCACCACCUGUCUUAUUAUUGCAUGUUGACGUGACUUAGACACGCGUUAUCGUCCCACUCACAGAAGCGAUGCAGAAGACAACUUAAGUUUCUAUUGUUUCUUUGCAUUGACCCCAUUAAUGCACAGUUUGUGUGCAGGCAAAGACAGGUUAACUAAGAAUGCAUUUCAACCAAAAUGUUUUAUAGCAUUUAUAAAGGGUUCAGGUGUUCACAUUUAUUUUUACUGCAUCUCAGAAGAAUUUUAUAGAUUUGUAGUCAUUCUAGAUUUUACAGCUCAUUCAUUUUUCACUGUCUUCUUCUUAACUGGCAUAUUUUCCACUCUUUUGAAAACCUUUGAAGUCUGUUUUCCUUUUAAUUGAAAGAUUUUGAUCAUUCUCUGGGUGAAAUGCAAUAUUUAUGUACAGAUCG